UUCACUCCCAUUCUUCAUUUCCUCACCCCAAUUUCAUUUCUUAGCUCUCCGCCACUACAAGACUCUUCCUUGGCUAGACUGUAUUGUGUGGACAAACUUUUGAGAAUGGGCGAGAACGGAGCUGGGAAAAAUCACCUUCAGGGCAACCAGGUUUUCGGCCUCUCCAUUGAUGUGCUUCCACAAGGUGGCUCCAAAUGCUUUGAUGACGAUGGCCGAAUCAAGCGUACUGGAACCGUAUGGACAGCAAGUGCUCAUAUUAUAACAGCUGUGAUUGGUUCUGGUGUCCUGUCCCUAGCUUGGGCCACAGCUCAGCUCGGAUGGAUUGCUGGUCCAGCAGUUAUGUUAUUGUUCUCUUUUGUCACUUACUACACCUCUACCCUUCUCGCAGCUUGUUACCGGUCCGGUGACCCUGUCACCGGCAAGAGAAACUAUACAUACAUGGAAGCUGUCAGAUCAAAUCUUGGUGGGUUUAAGGUCAAGAUAUGUGGGUGGGUUCAAUACUUGAAUCUUUUUGGAGUUGCCAUUGGCUACACAAUUGCCUCAUCAAUUAGCAUGAUGGCUAUCAAAAGGUCUAAUUGCUUCCAUGCCAGUGGUGGAAAAAAUCCAUGUCACAUGAAUAGCAACCCCUAUAUGAUUGCUUUUGGCAUUGCUGAAAUCAUUUUCUCUCAAAUUCCUGACUUUGAUCAAUUAUGGUGGCUUUCCAUUGUUGCUGCUGUCAUGUCCUUCACUUACUCCACAAUUGGACUUGGACUUGGAAUUGCUCAAGUUGCAGCAAAUGGGAAAAUUAGAGGAAGCCUGACUGGGAUAACUGUUGGAACUGUCACUCAAACACAAAAAAUAUGGAGGAGCUUCCAGGCACUUGGAGACAUAGCUUUUGCCUAUUCGUACUCCCUUAUACUCAUUGAAAUUCAGGACACGCUUAAAGCUCCACCAGCAGAAUCAAAGACGAUGAAAAAGGCAACUUUGUUAAGUGUUGAAGUGACAACCCUGUUCUACAUGUUGUGCGGUUGCAUGGGCUAUGCUGCUUUCGGAGACUUGUCCCCCGGGAACCUUCUAACUGGUUUCGGAUUCUAUAACCCGUUCUGGCUCCUUGACAUUGCUAAUGCUGCUAUUGUGAUUCACCUUGUUGGUGCAUACCAAAUUUACUGCCAACCCCUUUUUGCAUUUAUCGAGAAAUCUGCUGCGGAAAGGUUCCCGGAUAGUGAUUUCAUUACCAAAGAUAUCAAGAUCCCUAUUCCCGGAUUUCACCCUUACAACCUCAACCUCUUCCGGUUGGUUUGGAGGACACUUUUUGUGAUCUUAACGACUUUGAUCUCCAUGCUUCUUCCCUUCUUUAAUGACAUCGUUGGACUACUUGGGGCUGUUGGAUUCUGGCCACUCACAGUUUACUUCCCAGUUGAGAUGUACAUUUCUCAAAGGAAGAUACCAAAAUGGAGCACAAGAUGGCUUUGCCUCCAAAUACUCAGCAUCGCUUGCCUUAUAAUCACCAUAGCUGCUGCUGCAGGUUCUAUUGCAGGAAUUAUGCUUGAUCUCAAGUCGUAUAAGCCCUUCUCGACCUCCUACUAGUUCGAUCAAAUUGAACUCGAAUCUUCAAAAAGCAAGGACAACUAAUCUUUAGGGUUAAAACAAGACAAGCGAGAAUUAUUGUUGUUAAUAUACCCCUACUGCUAAGCAGUUCCUUAUUUUCCUCUGUACCAUUCAACAAAAUGG